AUGGCUGCGAUUAGAAAGAAGGUGAGUCGUGUAGUUUGAUGAUAAGCACGCUAUUUUUGGCGCGACAAAAUUGAUGUAUAAUAAGCGGUGUGAAAAUGGGAGAGAAAGCCUUCAAUUACCGACCAAAACAAUAAUUGCAGCUGGUGAUCGUCGGUGACGGAGCGUGCGGUAAAACGUGCCUGCUCAUCGUGUUCAGCAAGGAUCAGUUCCCAGACGUGUACGUGCCGACCGUCUUCGAGAACUAUGUGGCCGACAUUGAAGUCGACGGCAAACAGGUAAGAUUUGUAGCGUUUUGAGUCAAAAUCCUGCCAUUUCGCUGUUUCUAUGCCAAAUUUCACUAGAAAAACAACGAUGUUUACCACAAGUUUACAGGUCGAACUCGCGUUGUGGGAUACAGCCGGACAGGAGGACUACGACCGUCUCCGUCCGCUCUCCUACCCGGACACCGACGUUAUUCUCAUGUGCUUCUCGAUCGACUCGCCAGACUCGCUGGAGAACAUUCCGGAGAAGUGGACGCCAGAAGUGAGGCAUUUCUGCCCGAACGUGCCAAUCAUUUUGGUCGGCAAUAAGCGGGAUCUGCGCAGCGACCCACAGACGGUCAGAGAGCUCGCCAAGAUGAAGCAGGAGCCGGUGAAGCCGGAGCAGGGAAGAGCAAUCGCCGAGCAGAUUGGCGCGUUCGCCUACCUUGAGUGCUCCGCCAAGACCAAGGACGGCAUUCGUGAGGUAAUCAACGCAUUGAAAAAAGAGCUUCGAAUUUUAAAUCUCUGAUUUGCAGGUGUUCGAGAAGGCCACACAGGCAGCUCUUCAGCAGAAAAAGAAGAAGAAGAGCAAGUGCAUGAUUCUCUAG